AUGGAUUUAUCCAUUCGUAAACCACAGCAACAAACACCUAUAUCUUCUUUUCAACCUAUUCUAAAUCCAGCAGCGGCGCCACCCAUCAGUGCUCCAUACAUAUCUGCAGUGCCGUUACCACUAGUACAAACAAUCCAACCAUCAGUUCCCACUCCUUCGGUUAGCCAAUCACGUCAUGCGCAUCCAUCGAAAUAUGCGCAACUGUUGAAUGUUAUCGAAGAAAUGGGCAAAGAUAUCAAGCCAACUUAUGCAGGAAAUAGGAACUCUGCGGAACGUCUGAGACGUGCUAUUGCAUCUGCGCGUAUUCUUGUUCGAGAAUGUCAACUUGAAUGUGAUCGGAAUAGUCGUAUUUAA